GAGGCGGGCGCCGACAAAAACAAUUGAAAUACAUUAUUAAAUGUUAGAUUGACAUUCUUGGCCAGGUGAAGAAAAACAAGCAAAAUAGAUUUGUCUCAGGCUCUUCAUAAGCACAAGCUAAAGAACAAUAGAGCAACUGGUGAAAAAAUGGCCAAGAAGGUUGGUGAAAAGAAGAAGCAGGUCAAGCAGAAAAAACCUGCCAAGUCUUCCUUCUCUAAACUCAUUGUAAAAUCUAAGAAAAAACAUACAAGGCAUCCUAAAAACGAAGAGGAAGAAAAAUCGCUAUCGAAGCAGUUGAAGCUCGCAGACAAAACUGUGACACAGGCAAAAAAUGUUGCCGAAGAUGCAAAACAAAGUGUUGCUGAUAUGAAAACUGUGGACUUUGGGAGUUGUGCAGAGCAGUUAGAUUACUUUCUGAAUGCCUUCCAAGCUGGCACUGGAACAAAGCUCUCUUCUUUGGAGUUGCAGGAGAUCUCAGGAAACUGUAUAAUUAAGCUAUCAGAUGACAUGGAUCACAGUAUUCAGAAUCUUGGUAAACAUGUAAAGGGCAUGUUUGGGACUUCGUGGAAAGAGGUCCUUUGUGAAGGGAACCUUAUUGAAGGAAAUGUAAAACCUGGAAGCCCUGCUAUUCUUACGAUUAGUAGCUCUGCUGCACGAUGUGUGGAGAUUCUCAGGGGUUUGCGUGAAUUUACUGCUAAAUGUCAUUCUGCAAAGUUGUUUGCAAAACACAUAAAGAUAGAGGAACAGGUUUCCAUGUUGAAGGGAAGAGUGAAUAUUGCAGGUGGCACACCAAGCAGGAUUAAAAGCUUGAUCGACAGUGAUGCAUUGAGGAUCUCUCGAUUGUCAGUAUUGCUGAUUGACAUGCACAAAGAUGCAAAAGGUCUAACAUUAUUUAAUCUUCCACAAGUUAGCACUCAAUUUUGGGAGCUAUACAAAACACAUUUUCAUAAACAAGUUAUGCUUGGCAAGCUGCAGCUUUGUUUGUACUAAGGGCCUCUCUAGCUCAAAAUUGCAACCGCCUGUGUGGGGAUCAAUAACCUCAGAAGUGCAGUACUAUAUACGAAUUAGUCAUAUUGAGAUUUGACUGGAUGCUUAGGAAGAAGAAUAGAUAUUUCUUAUCAAAGUUUCUUUUCAUGGUACAUCACAUUUUCAUGUCUCUUCCUUGAUCAAAUAUUUUCAAAAUUCGAGAAGGCUACAGUCUCGAACACAUUUCAGGGAGAUUUAUUGCAGUUACUUUGCUUAAAUCUUAGGUUGCUAUUGGGAUUCAUUAUUUUUUAUGUAUAAAUCAUAGAUCAUAGGUCGUUAUUUGAGCUUCAUUAUUUUUUGUAGCAACAUGGUAAGUGCACAAGCAACUACCUUUCUAUGUGAAUGCAUUUCAGAAAAUAUAACCAUUGAACUGUUGAGCUUUAGUUUGUUAUGGUUGCUUUUUCAGUUCAUAUGAAGGCAAUUCAAAUAUUCCACACCAUUUUUCGCAUA